AUGUUUCGAGCUCUCAGAGCUAAAUGGAUCUCAUAUCAAUACGAAACACCUUUUCCUCCAGGGACCGAGGAUCCAGUAUUUCAGUGUCUCUACGAGUAUACGAAUGGCAAAUGGCUCCCUUGUAGCCCAAACGAAGGCAACGCGUCCGAGGCGCGACAUCCACCGUCUUUGCGUAUCGUGUCGUGCAACGUGGAUUCUAAUUCUCCCCAUCCAUCUCAGCGACUUACAGCUCUUCUCGCUUCCCUCACAGAAUCUAGUAUGGAACCCGAAAUUCUUCUCCUUCAAGAAGUAUCCCAUCAUGCCUUGUCUGCGCUCACCAACAAUCCAUGGGUCCGAUUGAAUUACUAUCUGACUGACGUCGACACUAGUUGCUGGAGAACGCACAGUGACAGCACCUCAUUUGGGAGCAUCACCUUGUUGCGUAAAGGACACGCGUCUUUCACGCCUAUUACUGUCUAUCGUAUCCCCUACCGCUCGCACAUGAAUCGUGACGCCUUGUGCUGCGACAUCCACCUACAUUCGCCAUCACGCACAUCAAAGCUUUUUCGUGUCAUCAAUGUCCACCUUGAUUCGUUGGUCAUCAAUCCCCCUUUCCGACCCACCCAACUUGCCAUUUCUGCUGACUACCUUCGUGCAGCAGGCUCGGGUAUCAUUAUGGGCGACUUCAAUGCCAUCACACCGGCAGAUCAGAGUCUGAUCGGCGAGCUAGGUUUAUUGGAUGCAUGGAAAGUUGCUGUUAGCAAUUCUAUUGCCCAUGGGGAAACAUGGGGCGUACAGAUCGAAGAACCCUUUCCCCCAGGGCGGCUUGAUCGUGCAGCACUUCUUCGCAAUUCCGCUUUGGACGGAGAGAAUAAUACUACCGUCACGGCCGAAGGAAUGUCCCUUGUACAGAUGCGAGUGCUUCCGUGCCAGACAUUGAAUUUAGAUGACGAAGCACUUUACUGGAGUGAUCACUGCGGAAUCCUGGUGGACAUCCAUGAGGCGUAA